AUGGCUACCGCUCUACCAGUGCAGUCUGCCUCUGCGCAAACUGCAUCAAAUUACUCGUUUCCCCGCCACAGGCUCCGAUUGUCUCAAAACGAUCCCUCCAAGACUCCAUUGGUGCUGGUAGCAUGCGGCUCCUUCAGCCCAAUUACAUACCUCCAUCUGCGAAUGUUCGAGAUGGCGGCAGAUUAUGUGAAGUUCAACAAGACGGAGUUUGAGCUCAUGGGUGGAUAUCUCAGCCCCGUCUCUGACUUGUACAAGAAAGCUGGGCUGGCCAGUUCACAACAUCGUCUCCGAAUGUGCGAAAUCGCAGCAGACCAGACUUCGAACUGGCUGAUGGUGGAUCCCUGGGAGGCCAUACAGCCCGAAUACAUGCCUACGGCUCUGGUGCUAGACCACUUCGAACACGAAAUCAACGACGUAUUAGGAGGAGCAGAGCGCCCUGAUGGGAGUCGGGUGCCUGUACGGAUUGCGCUGCUGGCAGGCGCAGAUCUGAUUCAGACGAUGUCGACGCCCGGCGUUUGGAGCCAAGAGGAUUUAGACCAUAUUCUAGGACGAUUUGGAACAUUCAUAGUCGAGAGGUCAGGCACCGACAUCGAUGACGCCCUGGCAAAUCUACAAGCUUGGAAAGACAAAAUCUACGUUAUCCAGCAAUUGAUCUCGAAUGAUGUGAGCAGCACGAAGAUCCGGCUGUUCUUGAGGAGGGAAAUGAGCGUGCAGUAUUUAAUCCCAGCGCCGGUCAUCGAAUAUAUCGAGCAGAACGGGCUGUAUGAAGAGGAUGGAGCUUCAUCUGUCGAUGGAAAGGGGAAGUCAAAGGGGGAGAGCUCGGGAAGGGCAUCGCCGGCUGUCGGAGCCGCCAGUUCAUCAAACAGCUGA